UUGGUGAAUAUCAGGGAAAGAGCAGCCGUCCCGAUUUCGUUUCACGAAAUCGGUAAUUUUUCUCGUUCCUGGUGCUUACAAGUACGUCCUAAAUUAAUAUGCAAAGGGAAAUCACUUUUUCAUUCAUCAAAAGAGUUAUCAGUUGGCCAAUACAUCGAGUCUUAUAUGGAAGAGCUCUCCCUACAGUAUUACAAAAUUGCGUACGAUUUAACUAUUUAUUAUAAACUGUUAUUCACACAUGAUUGAAACAUGCGCGACUCUGACUAUAACGAGGGACUGGGGAACGGCAACAACAUUUUUGCUUAAAUUAUUUAUUUGACAUUUGACAAAAAGGGGGGCUCUGUUAAAGAGGGGGGCUCUAAUAAAGACGGGGGGCUCUAUUUUUCAACCAUCCUCGAAACGGGGGCUUUAUUAAGGAGGGGGGCUCUAAUUGAGAGGGGGGCUAUAAUAGAGUAAAUACGGUAUUCUCGUUUCUUUUUUCCACUAUUCCCGUUUCUCUUCUUUUUUUUUGUUUUUUGUUGUAGUGGGAUGGUGUUGUGUUGUCGUUUUUGGGGGGUCGUGGGUUCGAACCCAUUAGUGGAAAACUUUUUUAUUUUUGAUUGUUUUGAAUUAUUUUUUGCUUUUACUACCUUUGUAUAUUUUUUCAAACCUUUUUGGAUUUUUCUUACAGUUUUUAAGGGGGAUUUGAGGGUUGAAAAAUUAAAGUGGGAAGGGGCAUUAAGUAUCCAUCCAGAAUUGAAAGAUUUAUGGUUUCUUGCUGGCAUAACAGCUUCAAAACAAAAAGAUUGGCGUUCUGCCCGUUUUUGUUUUGGACAUUGUGAUGAUGAUAUACGUAAAUUGGAAGCUUUAAUUUUGGUUAAUUUUUGUGAACAAAAUUUUCUUGGUAAAAAUUUUUUUAAUUUAGUGACCAUUUAAUGGGAUUGGGUGGGAAAACUAAUUUUGUGGCAAAAAAAAUUUUUUUUGGUUCAGUGGGAAAGUGUUGUGUUUUUAUUUUUUGAAGGUCGCGGGUUCGAGCCCCACUGUUUGGAAAUUUUUUUUUUAUUUU